AUGUUACGACAAAGGCACCUCAAAGAACUAUUAAGCCACAAAGGGAGAACCAACUUCGCUAGAGGACGUGACCAUCAUGGCCUGCCAAAGCCGCCAUCACCAGUUUGUACCAUCAACAUGAUCAUCGGUGGUGGUGAUGACGCCUCUAUCAACAGCGUGAAGUUCACCACCACCCACAAACUCAAGCUAUCUAUCACCCGCGAGCAGUACGGCGAACUCAAAGAAAGUAUCAUCUUCGACAAGUCGGAUGCCGACGAUUUGACCUUUCCUCAUAAUGACGUUCUCAUUAUUACCUUACGAAUUUUAGAUACCGAUGUUAAACGCAUUAUGGUAGAUGACGGAAACGGCGCGUGCAUUAUCCAUCCCCGAGUAAUUACCCAAAAGAAACUCGAAGAUAAGAUAGUGUCGCGCUGCAUCACGCUAACUGGUUUCAAUAAUGUAGUUGAACGAACAACCGGGGAAAUUACACUUCCUGUUUUGGCUGGCGGCGUAACUCUGGAGACGACAUUCCACAUCAUGGAGCAGGCCAGUGCGUACAACGCCAUAGUGGGACGACCGUGGAUACACCCCAUUAAAGUCGUCCCCUCCAGCUUAUACCAAGUAAUUAGAUUCCCAACUCCAUGGGGAAUAUUCAGUAUAUACGAAGAACAGUGCACAUCCCGGGAAUGUUGCCGAUUGCCUUAG